UCCCCCAGAGUCCAUGCGCCAGGGCAGAACAAGUUAAGACACACCAGGAUAGAAUGAAGGGAGGAAUAAAAAUAGAAAUGUUAGGAGGUUCCAUGUCAGAAGCAAGGGCUUGAGCUUGAGAAAAGGAGCAACUUUAAUUCAAACUUUUAACACAUUUAACACAGCACAACAGUCAAAUCUUUAAAGUAAUCAGUGACACAAUUCUCUGAGAAGUUGUGUGGGUGCUGUACAACUUCCCUCUGCAACUCCCACUGCAACUGCCUGCUCAACUUGUGGCUUCUACAGUUGAAGAAUGCUGGCACACCUGCUGUCAUUCAGCCGCUCUCUGGUGAGAAGGAAAAAUGUGGAUUGUCUGGAGGAUUCCAAGCUGUGUCGCUGCCUCUCCACAGUGGACCUCAUUGCCCUGGGUGUGGGCAGCACUCUGGGUGCCGGGGUCUAUGUCCUAGCUGGGGAAGUUGCCAAAGGCAACUCCGGCCCUAGCAUUGUUGUGUCUUUCCUCAUAGCCGCUCUGGCCUCUGUCAUGGCAGGCUUGUGCUACGCUGAGUUUGGAGCUCGAGUGCCCAAAACUGGCUCUGCAUAUCUGUAUAGCUAUGUGACAGUGGGGGAAUUCUUGGCCUUCAUCACAGGAUGGAACCUGAUUCUCUCAUAUGUCAUAGGGUCUUCAAGUGUUGCCAGAGCUUGGAGCGGAACAUUCGAUGAACUAAUAGGGGGCCAUAUUGAGCAAUUCUGCAAAUUACACUUCAGAAUGAGCUUGCCAGGCCUGGCAGAAUACCCCGACUUCUUUGCAGCUUGUCUUAUAUUACUGCUAUCAGGUCUUCUCUCUUUUGGGGUUAAAGAGUCAGCAUGGGUCAACAAAAUCUUUACCGCCAUCAACGUGCUUGUGCUUUUGUUUGUCAUUGUCUCUGGCUUCGUCAAAGGAGAUUCUUUCAAUUGGAAGAUAUCAGAAGAAUCCCUUAUAAAUGUAACUAUUGUGACAAGAAAUCUGUCCUACACUGGAAAUGUUACCAGCGAUUACGGUGCUGGUGGAUUUUUGCCUUACGGAUUUGCCGGAACCUUGGCUGGUGCAGCUACAUGCUUCUAUGCCUUUGUAGGAUUUGACUGCAUUGCAACUACAGGUGAAGAAGUGAAGAAUCCACAGAGGGCUAUUCCCAUCGGUAUAGUUGCUUCCCUGCUGAUUUGCUUCUUGGCUUACUUUGGUGUGUCUGCUGCUCUUACCCUCAUGAUGCCGUACUAUCUUCUGGAUGAGAAGAGUCCUUUGCCUGUGGCCUUUGACUAUGUUGGUUGGGGUCCUGCUAAAUAUGUAGUGGCAGUGGGAUCUCUGUGUGCACUAUCAACCAGUCUGCUGGGCUCCAUAUUCCCAAUGCCACGUGUAAUCUAUGCUAUGGCAGAGGAUGGGGUGCUUUUCAAAGUGUUAGCCCGAAUCAAUCCUAAGACGAAGACCCCACUCAUUGCCACAAUGGCCUCCGGUGUAGUUGCAGCUAUCAUGGCUUGCCUUUUUGACCUAAAAGCCUUAGUGGACAUGAUGUCCAUUGGCACUCUGCUGGCAUACUCUUUGGUUGCUGCUUGCGUUCUUAUUCUCAGGUAUCGUCCUGACUCUGUCCUCAAGAGCUCUAAAACUAAUGAGGUUGCAGAGUCUGAGCUCACAGAAUCCGAGUCUCAUCUUAAUCGACUGAAGGAUGGAGAAAUAUCUCUGCACACUAUCUUUAAUCCAUCCCUGCAGCCAACAAAGAGCUCAUCCACUGCUGUUAACAUGGCUGUCGGGGUUAUAGCUAUCAUAGUGUGUGUUAUGAGUGCUCUUACUACACAUUAUGGACAAGCCAUACUUGCUCUGGAGCCCUGGAUCCUGGGAGUGCUGGCAGCAUCCUUUCUCAUCUUUUUCAUGUGUAUAGUCUUGGUCUGUAGACAACCGCAAACCAGUAAAAAGGUGUCUUUUAUGGUUCCCUUGCUACCCUUUCUGCCCAUUCUGAGCAUAUUUGUCAAUGUUUAUCUCAUGGUGCAGCUGAGUGGAGACACGUGGAUCCGUUUUUCUGUUUGGAUGGCUGUCGGUUUCCUCAUUUAUUUCGGUUAUGGGAUAUGGCACAGCAGUGAGCAGCAGAGGCAGCGCCAGAGCACCAAAAACACACCAGAGAAGCAGAGGAUGUUUGUAAAGGAUGGUGCUGUGGACAAAUACAUCCACUCAGAGAAGACCAGUCAGCUUUAAAAAAAAAUGUAUUGCUGUUUAUAGCCUUAAAACUCUUGCGUGUAUCAAACCAUUGCGCUUUACCAGCUGAGAGAGCAGCUCAACUCUGAACCCAGCGUCAUACAUGGGUUGACACUGCUUUCUCUCUUCAGAUCUUAAGAUUAACACUGACAUGGAUGCUGUGAUUUGUGAAAUAUGUAUGAACUUAUAGUGUAUGGAUGAUCAUACAAAUAUGAUAGUAAGAAGCAUCUUAACUCGAAGCGAGGACUGAUUUUACAUGUUAACCAACUAACUAACACUACAUCUUCAAGGUAUUUCAGGUGCAGAGAGAAUGGUUGGGUCAACCAGCACUGUCAGGUAGUGUCAGGUUUUUCUUAAUUAUUUCCCGUCCCCUAAAUACAAAUAUAGAUAUUCUGAUUUUUUUUGGACCUCAUGUUCUUAGUUUGUAGUUUGUUUCUCUCUGGAAAAUCCCUCUUCUACUUCAAAAGACCUAUAAUGCAACUAUUGCUUUUUUAUUUUAAGAUAGCAGUUUUAUACUGCAAUACAGAAUUUUUUUUUUUUUUUCAAAUGGAGCUACAAUAAUAUUCACAGAUGUCUGGUAUGAAUGGGCAAAGCCCUCCUGAUUUUCACAGGUAAAAAGACAUAAGAUAUACUUUAAACUUUCAUUUUUGGAGUCCACAUUAGUAUUAUUGGCUGUUUGCAAAUGUCUGAAUGUGGAUUCAUUAGGAUUUUUCUGACACCAGACGUGACAGCACAAUUAAUAGUUCUAAGAAAAAUACACAGAAUGGUGUGAAAAACCAACACUGGAGCUGAUUCUUUGCAGCUCAGAGAGUAAAUUAAUACAGCUUGUCAUUGAUAGGUGAUUACCUCCUUAAAUUUGAUCCCCAUUUGAUUUUGAUCCUGAUAUUUCUCAGCCUGCUUGACUGGCAUGUUAUUAGCAGUGGCUGAGAUGUGAAGUGUAGAGUAGUGUAGGGGUGUUCAAUAGGCUCCAGAAAGGACAUAAGACUGUGGGUGCAACUUUACAUUCCAACCAAGCAGAAGCUACACCUGAGUCUACUAAAAGCCAGCUGAUUCAACAAGUGGCAUCAGGUUUGUGUCCUGAUUGAUUUGAAUCACCAGCUCUUUGCAGAUAAUAUUAGCCACCCCUGAAACUGAGCACACAAUAUUAAAGUAUGAAUUAUGAAAAGGACAGAUGAAAGAACAGAAGUUCAUGUUUUUUUACUUGUAAGGGUUAUAACUCUUCUUUUUAUUGAAGUAAAGUACAUAUUACAUACUGUACUUUCAAAACAUUCAAAACUGACUUUAAGUGUGUGUGUGUGUGGUGUUUGUGUAUGAGAGAGAGAGAGAGAGAGAGAGAGAGAGAGAGAGAGUGGGUAAAAUAUAGUUUGCCCAAUUUCAUUUCAAUCCCAUUAACAAGAACUUGUGAUUUAAUGCAUUGCUUAACCCUAAAAGUUCAAGAUAUUCAAUUUGAUCUAUUUCACCUAACAUCCCCUCUAGCCAUCACAGAUGCUGUAAUAUUAAUGCUUUAAUAUAUUCUGAUAUUCUAAGACUACAUUCCUUGCUGUAAUUUUGCUACAUACUUGAUUAUUUGGCUGUUUUAUCUUUCUGUGUUUACUUUAUACACACUUAUGGGUAAUUUCAUACUAAGCAAAUGUUUGCAAAAGCAAUUAAAGCAGAGGUUUAUUUCUGUUAAAGGCAAACAGUUCUAUUACUAUUAUUACUUUUACCAGCUUUUUCCCCGUCACUGUUCUUUGUAUAUUUUCUGAGACGUACAUAAAUUUGUAGGUAACUCAGAAAGCAAAUGAGAUCAGAAGGUGGCUGUGGUCUGGAUAGUUAUAAUAUUGUUGUAAUAUUACUACAAUUCCAGCUAAAAGUUAGGACAUCUGAUUGUAUGUAUAACUUUCAUGAUCCUAAAGACAUCUUGAUGACAUUUAUAUCUAAAUAUAGAUAGCAAAGUUGAUGCAUUUACAAAAUAUUCGGUUUAAAGAAUUUUUUUUUAUGUCUUUCCAACCUAUAAUUUCAUUCAGGACUUCGGGGCAGCAAGUAAGCAAUGCUCAGUAUCUGUGGGGUCUUCCCCAAAAAGUGCUGCAAUGACAUCUCAAACUGCUACCUCAUGAAGCAGACCAAGAGUUUACAAAGCUGUCAUGAAACCUACUUUCAAAGAAAUCUAAGAUCUGUUUUGAUGUGUUUCAUUGUUUUUAGCAAUUGCAUUAUAACAUUUGUACCAUUUUGUAGUUUAAAUCAUCAGUGUCAUUUUGAAAAGGGGAAAAUCUCAAAGAGAGAGAGAGAGAGAGAGAGAGAUAGUCUGGGGAAAUAACCUUAUCCAAGUAUUUAAUUUGUAGAAUAACUCUUAUGAGUGUCUUCUGUAAGAUAUGAAUUGAUUAAUAGCCUUAUUAAUAAAACGGUAUUACAAACUGAUUCUUAUAAAUUCUUGAAUAGAUUUGUCAUUCUUUUCGUUCUCCAAUAAAAAUGUUCCAUAUUUCUAUA